GAAAUGGUAUAGGUUCUUCUGCUUGAGCAGGCGGCUGGACUAGAAGACCUCCAAGGUCCCUUCCAACUGUGUUAGUCUAUUCUGUUCUGUUCUAUUCUACUGGAGAAACUGUUAAACCAUAGUAAAUUCACAAAGUAAUAAGAAAAAUUUCAUAUAUGUCUCAGUAUUACUUUACUGAUUUUGAAUGAAACGUCUCUUAUGGUUUAGUAGUAGGACAUCUGUUGUUUUCUUAAUUGCAAAUAGAACAAUAUUUAUGCAAAGACAAAUUGGACAAAGAUUGGAUUAUAAUUAGACUCUGAAAAUACGGUACACUGUGUAAUUAAUAACACCAAAUCAAAGGGACUGCCCAUGUCAUAAACUAUUAUCAAAAUUAGUUUUUUUCAGAGAAUUUAUUUCAGUUUAUAUACAUGUAUAUACUGUAUGUGUGUGGGUGUACAAAUGUACACAGUGUUACAUAACUCACUAAAGAAGUGUAUAUGGGAUUUCCAGAUGUUCUGUCGUUAAGCUGUCAAUCAGAAUCUGAACAAUUCAGGUUCAGUAAUAUGCCCUCAUUAGAACUCUGAUGUAACUAAAAUUCAAAGCAUCCUAACCGCUCGUUUUCUCAAGGUUAGUAAUAUUAUUCUUGAAUUCAUUUCAGGAAAGAUGGGUGCAUACACUGAUAUUAAGACUAUAAUCUUACAAUGCUUUUGAGUAACCUAAGUUAAUAAGCAUUUAUCGGUAGCGCUGUUCAGAUCAUUCAGUCAAUGAAUCCCAUUACUUUACCUAGAUCCACUUAGGAAAAGGUCCCUUAUCGGCCUGCCCAGGACCACAGCUAUAAAUCUGGUGCAGAUAUAGGACAGAAUGAGUGGCUGUUUCAUGAAUGGGACCUCAAAAACGGUCCCCUACUUUGCAGUCUGCGGCAGCGAAGUCGCCUACUUAGCCCGCGUUUCAGAGACAAAAGCGUCUCUAAUCCGCGCAACGGUGGGAAGCCUUCGGUGGGUUUUCUGCAGUAGCAAGAAGAGCCCCGCAAGGAAAUAUCUUUGCCGAUCCUGUCUCACGACAUGGGGUUAAUUCGGCUUCCUGAACAUGGAGGCGCCUUCUCUUUCCUAGGCAACUCCAGACUUUUCCUGCCCAGACGAGAGAAGGGCAGACCUUCGCUUUCACCCCCGGCGCUUCAGCUUAAAAGUCCCCGCGAAGCAUUUGUUGAAUAGCAAUGUGUUGAUAUCCACGCCCCAGGAAGAAAGGCGCCACCUCGGGCUGGCAUCUGGCUCAGACGAGAAAAAGAGGGGAGGGGAGGCGACAACAACAUCCCGCUACGCCAUUCCCGAUUGGCAGCUAGGCGCUUAAACGGGAAAGCAGGAAGGACGGGUGCAGCUGAGGAGGCUCUCGCGCGCAUGCGCGCAUGCGAGCUGUGGCGUGGGGAUGUCUCGGGCUUCCUUCGCCUUGGCUCCUCCCCCUUCCAACCUCCGUGGUGGCUAGUCUUUCCCUCAGCGCAAAAGCAGUCCGUGGCGGGAGGGGGGGAAGAGCGGAGUGGCUCGAACGCAAGCUGUUGCCUUGCCUUCCGGGGAUCCGCCGCCAGUCUCGCGAAGGGAGUCCAGCGCGCGCUUUCCCGCCUGGGACUGAGCGACUCAUCGAACAGCCAGGGCAGCUGCGGGACAAGGGUGGGUGGCUACGCCGUGCAGAAGUGGCCGGGAAGGGGAGGUGCGUUGCCCCGACAGCGCUGUGAGGAAGGACGAGCCUGAUCGGCGAGGUUCAUUGUCGCCGGGGCUGAGCGAGGGGCAACAAUAUCACACAUCAUGAGGGCAGAAAAAGAGAUACAAGAAAAAAGCCAUCUGCAUCAGUGUAGAAGUCUGAACAACUAUUUCAUGAUGAACAUAGAUGAUGAAGAAAAUAUGAGUAAGGUGUACUCAGUGUGGUUUCUGCAGGGUACUUCUGUUAAAUCCUCUUUGAGAGAAAACUUCCCUUCAGGUUUUUAAUGAAAUGAGAAAGAUUUUUCCUAUUUUUGUUGUAUGAAGUAAGAUACAGUUGUCAGCAUUUAAACAUAAGGGGCAGUCUCUGGAAUGUACAUUAGUACCACUGAAUAUGUGGUCUAUCUACUUCACUAAAUAUUUAGUUGCUUUGGUUUGAAUGAAUAUUCAGAAUGCAUACUCAACUGACAAUUAGGUCCCCUUGAAUUUGGUUAACUUACUUUAUGUAUUUAGUUAAUUAUAUUUCAUAUUUCUAGACCAGGGGACACUACGGCUUAGCUUUUAAAGAUGCUGAGCUUGUCAGCUGGAAAGCUGACAGCUUGGGAUUGAGACUCGAAUGCCAUACAACAGGGUGAGCUCCUGUUCCUCCCCCAGCUCCUACUCACCUAGCAGUUUGAAAGCAUGCAACUGUGAGUAGAUUAAUAGGUAUCACUUCGAUGGGAAGUUGACAGUGUUCUGUGUGCCUUUGGCAUAUAAACAUGCUUGCUACAUGACCACAUUGUCUUUGGACAAUGCUGAUCUUACUAGUUCCAUGUCCUUAGGUUGUGUUGUGCAUGUCAUAUAAAAGGAACUUUCAGUUUUAUGCUCUAUCAUAAAAAAAAAAAACUUUCCUUGAAGUUACAAAAUAGCUUUCUGUAUCCUGUCCCCUGCAUGCAAAAUUUAAUGUAUAUUAUUCAUUUUUAUUUAAAAAAGUGAAUUUUCUGAGUACUGUGUGUGUGUGUGAUGAGUUUUGUAUAUUACUUUUGACAUGCCAAAAGAAAUAUUAAAUAUAUAUCUUUUAGAUUCUAAUACUAAAUAAUAUAUUUAACUGAUGGCUACUGUUCUGUAAAUAUGACUUUGCCCUCCACUUGACAAAUGCUGCAAAAUACAAGAUUUAUUAAAGAGAGAUCUCUUAUUACCAGGGAAAGAAUCAUAUAUAUUUUCUGCAAAAUCAGUAGGCUCAUGAUACCACUAGGUUUUCCAAAUUUUUUGUAUGUGUGUAUGUGUGUGUCUUAGUUUUAAGUAUUAAUAUUGAAUUUCUUUUGUUCAAUUAUAUAUCACUAGAUCUUUCUAUGUUACAGCAUAAUGGUAAACUAAAUUUAUAAGUUUAACUUACCUGUUAAAAUUCCAUUUAUGAAAAUGUCUCAUUCAAUAUUAAGAGAAAGGGGUUGCAAAUAAGUCUAAAAUACUGGAGAGGAAAAAAGACUUUUGGAGGCUAAAUAAGGUUCAGGCAACACUGAUAUUAAAGAGAACCGCAACAUGGACAACAUUCCACCUAGAGACGGGACUGUGCAAGGUGCCGGGGAGGGGAAUCAGCUCCCUAAUAGUGGAGGCACUAGCAGCAGGAAGCGGCUGUUGGACGAGGGAAGCAAUGGCCAUUCCAAGUUCCGCCCAAAGAAGAAAAAGAAAACUCCAGGUCCAGUGCUGCCCAAGAAUGCCCUGAUGCAGCUGAAUGAAAUCAAGCCUGGCUUACAGUACAAGCUUCUUUCCCAAACAGGACCAGUUCAUGCUCCAAUUUUUGUGAUGGCUGUAGAAGUUAACGGGCAGAUGUUUGAAGGUUCUGGUCCCACAAAAAAGAAAGCAAAGCUCCAUGCAGCUGAGAAAGCUCUGAGGUCCUUUGUUCAAUUUCCGAAUGCAUCAGAAGCUUAUCUAGCAAUGGGCAGAACUCUUUCGGUAAAUACAGACUUUACUUCUGACCAGGCCGAUUUCUCAGACACUCUCUUCAAUGGGUUUGAAAAUCCAGUUCAGUCUGAGCAUUCCCUUUACUUGGAAUCCAAUGGAGAUGGCUCCUUUACCUCCAGUGCAGAUUUCAGCCUCUCAUCCGCUGUGGCUAGUAGUUUUAUCCAAUCAUCUCUCCCUGCUCCAUCACCGUAUGCAUCAACCAGUGGGAAGAAUCCAGUGAUGAUACUAAAUGAACUUCGACCAGGAUUAAAGUAUGAAUUUAUUUCAGAAAGUGGAGAGAGUCAUGCCAAGAAUUUUGUAAUGGCUGUGUCAGUGGAUGGCCAAAUGUUUGAAGGAUCUGGACGGAACAAAAAACUGGCAAAGGCUCGGGCAGCUCAGUCAGCUCUCGCGUCUUUGUUUAAUAUGCAGCUGGACCAAACACCAUCUCACCAACCUAUUCCUAGUGAGGGUCUCCAGUUACAUUUGCCACAGGUUUUAGCUGAUGCUGUUGCACGCUUGGUCGUAGAGAAAUUCAGCGAUUUGACAGAUAACUUUACAUCACCUCAUGCACGUAGAAAAGUGCUAGCCGGUGUUGUCAUGACAACAGGUACUGAUGUGAAAGACGCUCAGGUUAUAAGUGUUUCUACAGGAACAAAAUGUAUUAAUGGAGAAUAUAUGAGUGACCGUGGUCUUGCUUUGAAUGAUUGCCAUGCAGAAAUUAUAGCUCGGAGAUGCCUACUUAAAUUUCUUUAUACACAACUUGAACUACAUUUAAGCAAUAAGGAAGACCAGCAAAAAUCUAUUUUUAUCAAGUCAGAACAAGGUGGUUUUAAAUUGGAUGAAAAUGUGCAGUUUCAUCUCUAUAUUAGCACCUCCCCUUGUGGUGAUGCUCGGAUAUUUUCACCACAUGAAGCUGUCCAAGAAGAUCAAGGAGACAGACACCCUAACCGGAAAGCAAGGGGUCAACUACGGACAAAAAUUGAAUCUGGGGAAGGAACGAUCCCUGUCCGUGCUACAACUACGAUCCAGACGUGGGAUGGAGUUCUUCAGGGAGAGAGGUUACUUACUAUGUCUUGCAGUGAUAAGAUAGCUAGAUGGAAUGUACUUGGCAUUCAAGGAGCUUUACUUAGCCUCUUUGUAGAGCCAAUAUACCUCUCAAGCAUUAUCUUGGGAAGUUUGUAUCAUGGAGACCAUUUGUCCAGGGCAGCAUAUCAGCGGAUAGCAGAGAUUGAAGAUCUACCACCUCUUUAUAUACUUAACAGACCUUUACUCAGUGGUAUUAGCAAUGCUGAAGCCCGUCAGCCAGGAAAAGCACCUAAUUUCAGUGUGAAUUGGACAGUUGGGGAUGCUGGGCUGGAAGUUAUUAAUGCUACAACAGGCAAGGAUGAGCUUGGUCGUGCAUCCCGUCUUUGUAAGCAUGCACUAUAUACUCGCUGGAUGCGUGUUUAUACAAAGCUUCCUGCCAGUCUUCAUUCAAAAGUCAAUAAGCCAAAUAUAUAUCAUGAAACAAAACAGGUAGCUGUGGACUAUCAAACUGCCAAAGAGUGUUUGUUUAAAGCAUUUCUGAAGGCUGGCCUUGGGGCCUGGGUGGAGAAGCCUAUAGAGCAGGAUCAGUUUUCCCUGGUUGUCUGAAUGAUGGUUUGCACUUUGUGGAACUCUGAUGAAAGGUCCGGUUUCUGUAUCAACAUUUCAUCUGUUCAUCUAUAACAGCAGCUUUUUAACUUUUGUGAUUUGGGGAACUAACUUGUGAUUAAUUAUUUUUGGUUUUGUUAAUUCAAAUUAAAGAAAAAACUGAUAAUAUAGGCACUAGUUUGGAAUCAAAACAAAAUUACUAUCUCAAGACUUUUAUCUUUGGAGGAAAAAAAUCUUGGUGCAAUUUUUUUUUCAAUAAUUCAUCCACAGUUUUUAACAAUUAUUUUAAUGAAUUGCUGUCAGAUGCAUAUGUAAUGCAUGUUGGAUAGGAUUUUUACAUGCCAUUUAGUAUGUACUUUAACUUUGUGUUCUAUUUUCAGAGCCUUAGGAAAAAAAAAUAUAUAUGCACUUUUAGAAUUUUAUUUUUAAAUUGAUUAAUAUCAUAGCAAUGAUAGAAAUUACAAAACUGGACCGGUGUUAGACACUUUUUCUUGCUUCUGUCCCAACCCUUAAAACACAGCUGCUGAAAAUCUUUGUCUUCGCUGUGUGUAUGUGAUAGUUUUUAACAUGCUACUUUAUAUUCCAUUUUAAAAUACUUGUCUUCAAUUAGUGUUUAUAUACAUUGUGACAUUAUUGGUUUUUAUUAUUGUAAACUGGAAAUUAUUUGUAAACUAAUACAGUAUAGACUUCAGCUUAGAUGUAGGUGGUUCUUUGUUUCACAGGAACCUUCUAAAUUACCACAGUAACAUUGUCAAUGUGGUGGCCAGUUCAGAACACUUUUUCCUUUGUGAGAAACAUGCUGAUUUGCCAAAAACCUACUGCACAUGCACACCACAACAGUUAAACGAGUGAAAGGUUAUUCUAAGUUAAAUUAUAUGCUCUUUGAAGAUUUAACUUAUUUUCUGCCAAACUGUAUAUAACUAUGAGGUUAUGCUGCCUGUGACUGUAAACAUGUGGAUAUAAAACUACCUAUCCAGAUUAUUCUGCAAUGUAGUUUUGAUUGAUCUUGUAUAAUAGGAAUAAAUGUUGAGCACCUAUUUAUUUAUGAAGUACCCAAUCCAUAAGCAUGUUUGUAUGUGUCUGGAUCCCUCAGAGACAGCAGUAUUGGCAGAGGGAACUGGUACUUAUGCUGAGCAUAGGUCUUCAGACUCCCUAGAGCAGGGGUGUCAAACUCACAAUGUCACGUGACGUGUCGCAAUGUAUCGCGACUUUUUUCCCAUUGCCGGCAAUGGGGUGGGCGCAGUUUCGGCAUGACGCAUCCGGCCCGUGAGCUGGC